AUGGAUGCGUCCGACGAACGCUACUUCGGCACCCGCACGCCGGACCGCGACUCCAGUAGUCCGCGCUCGCACAUGAGCAGCCCUAACUCCAUUAAUGUAACAGACCAGAAUAUAUCGUUAUCCCAACACCAGCAGAACUUGGAGACGUUAAACAGAAUGGGGAUGUUCUUUCACGCGCAGCAGAUGCAUUUGAACCAGAGUUUUGACGCUGUGAAGAGUAGGCUCGGGCUGACACAGGUGCCGGGGGCGAGUGCUGGCCCGAGGCAUACCAUUGACGCAAUUCUGGGCCUGAGGCCGCCCCAGGCGAUCGAGAGGAGGGACGAGAGGGAGUGUGACGUGCCUGUGUCGCCCGGCGCCAACGAGAGUGCCGGCGAAGGUUCAUGCAACAGUAACGACGGCUUCCCCCAGACGACAGACGACAAGUCCGCGGGCGGCAGUGACGACGACGCCCGACCGGGGUCGGCAGCGGACAAGAAGAAACACCGCCGCAACCGGACCACCUUCACCACCUACCAGCUACACGAGCUGGAGAGAGCCUUCGAGAAGAGUCACUACCCUGACGUGUAUUCCCGAGAAGAGUUGGCGAUGAAGGUCAACUUGCCUGAAGUUAGAGUGCAGGUGUGGUUCCAAAACCGACGAGCAAAAUGGCGUCGACAGGAGAAGAUGGAGGCCGCUCGAUUGGGACUAUCUGAGUAUGGAUGUGGUCCAGGGCAAGUCCCGCGGCUGGGACUGGGCCUGCCCGUCGACCCGUGGCUGGCCCCGCCGCUGCUCACCGCUCUACCGGGCUUCCUGUCUCACCCGCACUCGGGCUACCCGUCGUACCUCACCCCGCCGGCGCCGGCGCCCCCUGCGCCCCCCGCGCCCGACCCGCGCUCCUCCUCCAUAGCGGCGCUUAGGAUGAAGGCCAAGGAACACGUCGAGAGCCUCUCCAAGGGGCUGCAGAUGGUCUAAUACGGGGUCACAACUGAGGGUCCAUGGCAACUAAAUCUAGAUUCGCGAAGCAAAGGAAACAAACUUAAUUUUAACUUAAUUUGAUAGCACUAAAUAUAAUGCCGCCCUGAUAGGUGCAGCUUGGUUUAGAACUAUCAAAGUAAAUUAAAAUUACAUUAGUGUCGUAAAAUUUGCACUUAUCAUCAUUAACCAAAAGUAAAAGGGUUUAAUUAUUUUUCCAAUGUCCUGCUCCAAACAAAACUAGCCUAAUCGUACCUGAAAGAAAGGUUGAGAACCACUGGUUUAAGGGCCAUGGAGGUAUAACCCGUGCGAAUUAAAUAUACACCUCGCGUCAAAUAAAAUGUAUGAUAGUUGUUAAGUGUUUUUAAUUCGCAGACGUUAUUGAGAUAAAAAAACUUAAAAAUAUUAUGACGCUUAAUUUACUUUACUGAGCUGUGGUUUGUGAAGGCAAUUUAAUUUACUUUUUUAAAUAGGUUAUUGUAGUAUCGCUCAAUAGAGAUUUCUCCAACCUUACAUAGUUUUCACUGCUAAGUGUUUUUUUUAUAUGUGAUUGAUUGGUAAUACCUACUUAUUACUUACUUAGAUAUUAUUUCUACGUUUCACCUUAAAUUAAACUUUUCAUGAAACUUACUUAAAAUUGGAACUUCAUGGAACUGAUAUUGUAAAUAUAAACUUAUUGUGUUAGUAAAUUAUUGAAAGUUUAACUAAAGUAUGUACUUAUGUAAUUAUACGUGACUGUAAUCGAUGCUUAUAAAGUUAAGUUAAAAUAUCAACGUGUAAAUAUUGUACUUAGAACUUGUAUACUGAUUAGAUUUUGUCAUGUUAGGCUUAGAUAUAUGAUGUGAAAUAUACGUAAUUAAUUAUAAUUAUAACUUACUACUUAUUGUACUCACUUAUGUUUUUAACGUUGGUGCCGGGAACAAAAUAUAUAUUGCAAGAAAGACACAAAAAUAAUAUUAAUUCUACCAAAAAACUUAGAAAAAUGAAUCCACAAUCUUUCUAAGUUUACGUAAAUUGGAAAGUGUCGUAAAAGCGCUAUUUAAUAUAUAGUUUUUACUGGCAUCGAUGUUAAAAACGAAUCUACAGUCAGUGUGUUAAAUGUAAUUUGUCUCACAGAUUGAACUGACAUCGAGAAUCAAACCAGUACUUUAGCACGGGAUUCUAGCUAGCUAUUAUAAAUUCACUAACACAUAAACUAAACAUCAUAGAAGGAAAGGUUGGAAGGGGAAGAUCAAGAAGAGCUUACAUGGAACAGAUUAAAGAAAAGGUUAACGUCAUGUCUUAUAGGGAAGUCAACGAAUUGGCCUUUGAUAGACUGGAAUGGAAAAUGCUACACCGACAAGAGCGUGGCUCUUAAACUGAUGAUGAUGAUGGCUAUACGACUCACAAACUAUCACGUUGGUGAAAGCUCGGUGAGGCGUGGGUACUUAAUUCAUCUUGCGAUGAAUGUGCCUCUGACUAGCACAAUGGGGAUAUAGUUGUGAGCUUCUGCCAUGUUAUUAUGUUAUAUUCUAAAUCCAUCACUCAACAUACAGAUAUGACGGUUUUACACAUUAGCACAUUGACUGUAAGUAAAUACACACAAAUGUAUGUUCCUUUAAAGCAUAUUGUUUUAAAGAUGAUAUUCUAAGUAUUACUGUUCCCUUCAAUUGAUUCCUAAGCAAUAAUAAACUAUGUGAAUAUUAGGUAACUAGAAUGUAAGAUAAACUUCUGAGGGUGUACUUAAAUAUACUGGUACUUACGAAAAUUUUAUCAAAUUCGGUAUUAAUAAUUUGGAUUUUCGAUUUCGAGUCAAGAUUGAAGUGCUCAAUGUCUAAGAUGUAUCGACACUGGGCAGCAAAACUAAGAAUUACGCGAUUCAAGUUAUAAUAACUUUUUAAGUGCACAAGAUAAACUUUUGAAAUAAAAACAACGUUAACUGUUACUAAUGUAUAGUUAACUAGUUACAAAGAAAGCUGAUAAAAUUAUCUUUACAAUUUUGUUCUUAUUUUAAAUUUCUAACUACAGUUGAGAAAUAAUAAAUAAAAGUGUAGUAGUUUUACAGGCCUGUAUAUAUGAUAAAGAGACAAGCGUUCAAUUCCCGGCGAAAGUUCAAUUACCAGACUUACAAUGAGUGUAACCACCAUCUAGCCAGCUGACAAAAAGUUGGUGACAUUCCAGCGGACUGGAAGGUCAAUCAAUCAAUCAAUAAUUCCUUAUUGCACAAAAACAUAAGUAAAGGACAUGCACAAACGAAUAAAAUAAGCACAAUAGGCGGCCUUAUUGCUAAACAGCAGUUUCUGCCAGGUAACCUUAGGGUUUGUUUUGUAUUCCGCUCAAGUUAUUUAAUUUUACAACGUUAUGUAUUUGGAGCAUUUCCAUAGAAGACAUAUUUAUCAAGAUAUUAUUUAUAGUAGUUAAAAGCAAGGCUAUAAUGAAAAACAUGAAUUUGAUUUUAGGAAAAUAUUGCUAAAUGACCAAAAUAUGUGUAACGACAACUGAUAUUUCAACAACAAUAUAUUAUUAUUAAUACAUUUAUUAAUUUUAAUUGUGUAAGUAAAUAUUUUAAGUCUGUCGAAGUCACUCGGAAAAAACUUUUUAUUAUUAUUUUUAUUGUAUGACUUUUUCAUAUCUCGGAC